CUCCACCACCACCACCCGAAAGAGCUUCUCGAAGCUUCCCCGAUUCGCCACCGCUCCCCCCAAACCAAAUCGGCGACGCCGCCGGUCGGAGCUCGUAUCCUCGGAGGAGGAGGAAGAGGUGGCCUCCGGGUAGAAGCCGCGCGGAUUCGGUGCGGGGGCUCUGAGGCACCCCUCCCCCCCAUCCAUCCCGGGCGGGGGCCCGAGGGCUGACCACCGACCAUGGCCGCGGCCCGCCGGCGCCACGCCGAGCCCCGCUCCGGACGACCGCGCCGACCGUACGCCGCCAUACGGUUGUAGUAAAUCCUAGGCAGCUACUAAUCUGGAUUCUUGGAGAGAAAAGUAAGUAAUUCCGGCAACGACCCAUCUCCCGCAGCACAGGCUGGGCUCACCACUUUGCUGUUAGGAAGGGGGGAGCAGAGUGAUUUGCUGUCUCAUUGUGAUUGUGGUCCGCUGAGUGAUGGCAGAUGCUAGCUCAAGGACUGACAACUCAACUGUUGUAGACAACGACGGCAAGAUCUAUAGGUUAGAACAAGGACAAAGUGGUGGGGCAAUCAUGGCUUCUAAUUCUUCGGAUAGGUCUGACAGGUCCGACAAACCCUUGGACCAAAAGACAUUGCGUCGUCUUGCUCAAAAUCGUGAGGCUGCAAGGAAAAGUCGACUAAGGAAGAAGUCAUAUGUGCAACAGCUAGAAAGCAGCAAGCUGAAGCUUGCACAACUAGAGCAGGAGCUCCAGAAAGCUCGCCAGCAGGGAAUCUUCAUUUCUAGCUCCGGAGACCAAACCCAUGCCAUGAGUGGAAACGGAGCAAUGACUUUCGACCUAGAAUACACUAGAUGGCUUGAGGACCAAAACAAGCAAAUCAAUGAGUUGAGGACUGCAGUUAAUGCUCAUGCAAGUGACAGUGACCUGCGCCUUAUCGUAGAUGGGAUAAUGUCACAUUAUGAUGAGAUAUUUAAGGUCAAAGGUGUAGCUGCCAAGGCUGACGUGUUCCAUAUACUGUCAGGCAUGUGGAAAACGCCUGCUGAAAGGUGCUUCCUAUGGCUUGGGGGUUUCCGUCCAUCCGAGCUCUUAAAGCUGCUGGUGAAUCAUCUGGAGCCGCUAACCGAGCAGCAGAUGUUGGGAUUGACCAACCUCCAGCAAUCUUCCCAGCAGGCAGAGGAUGCACUGUCACAAGGGAUGGAAGCAUUGCAGCAAUCACUGGCAGAGACUUUGGCUGGAUCUCUGGGUUCCUCCUCUGGUUCUUCAGGGAAUGUUGCAAACUACAUGGGUCAGAUGGCCAUGGCCAUGGGCAAGCUUGGAACACUCGAGAACUUUCUUCGCCAGGCUGACAACCUGCGACAGCAGACCUUGCAUCAAAUGCAGCGAAUCUUGACGAUCCGUCAGGCCUCCCGUGCCCUUCUAGCUAUACAUGACUACUUCUCGCGUUUGCGCGCGCUGAGCUCUCUGUGGCUUGCUAGGCCCAGGGAAUAACCAAGGAUCGCUCGCUCGCCGGAUUUCCCCCAAGCUGAUCUGUACAACGCUGGGGGCUCUCUUCAUAUUGCUGCAGAUAAUUUGGGUAUUCGAGUUUUUCUUUCUUGUAUAAUUAUGUGUAGCUGCUUUUUGGGUCCAGGGUUUGUUGUACUCGGGUGGUAUACAAGUAGGUGGGGGGAGCCUGUAAGUUACAAUGGUUGUAGAACUGUGUUGGGAAUAAAAACUAGAUAAGUCAGGACGGGUCCUAAUUAAGUCGUGUCUCGGUACUGUAGUGGCUGGAAAAUCGGUGCUCCGUGUAUUUUAGCUGUUGACUGUUGUCCCUGUGGUGGUUGAACAUGGUGAAUACAUAUGAACUUGUUCCAUUUGGUUGCUCAA